GUGUAAUAAUAGUGCAUACAUCUGCAAUGAAAGUGAAACAACUAUGAAGAUUGCAGCUUUGACAUUGAGUUUACAUCUUCUCUCUGUUUUUUUGCAUAUUAUGAGAUCAGCACCAAUCGGUACUGAAGCUGCAAUUUCAACUUUUUCCACUGAUCAUUUUAGGAGUACAUCUCUUAACAGAAGCAGUUUUCCAAAAAGUUUUAUAUUUGGUACAGCAUCAUCUGCUUAUCAGUGUGAAGGUGCAGCUAAUGUUGGUGGCAGAGGACCAAGCAUAUGGGACACAUACACUCAUAAUUACCCAGAUAAAAUACUGGACAGAAGUAAUGGAGAUGUUAGCAUUGAUCAAUACCAUCAUUACAAGGAAGAUAUUGAAAUAAUUAAGGAGAUGAACAUGGAUGCCUACAGAUUCUCAAUCUCUUGGUCCAGAAUACUUCCAAAAGGAAAGGUUAGCAGAGGUGUGAACAAGGAAGGAGUCAACUAUUACAACAACCUCAUCAAUGAACUAUUAGCUAAAGGGCUUGAACCCUUUGUGACCAUAUUUCAUUGGGACCUUCCUCAAGCCUUAGAAGAUGAAUAUGAUGGUUUUUUAAGUCAUGAUAUAGUGAAUGAUUUUCAAGAUUAUGCAGAACUUUGUUUUAAAGAAUUUGGAGACAGAGUAAAACAUUGGAUUACAUUAAAUGAACCAUGGACCUUUAGUAAAUAUGGGUAUGCUGAUGGUAUUUCACCACCUGGAAGAUGUUCAACCUGGCAAAACUUAUCCUGUAAUGAAGGUGAUUCAGCCAUUGAACCCUACAUUGUGACUCACAAUCAAUUACUAGCUCAUGCAGCUGCUGUCAAUGUCUAUAAGACAAAGUAUCAGGUUUCUCAAAAGGGUAUGAUAGGGAUAUCACUGGCAUGUCAUUGGAUAGUACCACUCUAUGAUACAGAGUUUGAUCAGUUUGCUGCACAAAGAGCCCUUGAUUUUAUGUUUGGAUGGUUUAUGGAGCCAUUGACAAUUGGAGAAUAUCCUAAAUCCAUGCAAUCUUUGGUAGGGAGUCGAUUACCAAAGUUCUCUGCUAAUGAAAUAAAACUUUUAAGAGGAUCCUUUGAUUUUAUUGGAUUAAACUACUAUACUUCUUAUUAUGCUACUGAUGCACCUGAAUUAAGUGAAGCAAGGCCUAGCUACCUCACAGAUUCUCUUGUUAUUCUUACAAGUGAACGUAAUGGAACAGCUAUUGGUGAAAAGACUACUUCAAAAUGGCUGUAUGUUUGUCCAAAAGGAAUUCAUGAACUGUUGCUUUAUGUCAAAACAAAGUAUGACAACCCUUUGAUCUUCAUCACUGAAAAUGGUAUAGAUGAAUUCAGUGAUCCAACUCUAUCACUUGAAGAAGCCUUAAACGAUACUUCAAGAAUUGAUUACUUUUAUGAUCAUCUCUAUUAUCUUCAAAGUGCAGUCAAGGAUGGCGUGAAUGUGAAAGGAUAUUUUGCAUGGUCUUUAACAGACAGCUUCGAAUGGACUUUAGGCUACAUUUCAAGGUUUGGAACAAUCUUUGUAGAUUACCAUAGCCUCAAAAGAUAUCCAAAGUUGUCUGCCAUUUGGUUUAGAGAUUUCCUACAAGGCAAAACAGAUACAUAUGACAAUUAAUAUUGGUGCUAAAAAAAUUAAUUUCAAUAAAUAACCAUUUGUAAUUUCUUCACUUAUAUA